UCUUACCUUUAGAACAUAUUGUGAUGUUGGUGCCUCAGAGCUAAAACCAUGAGUGAAUUUCGGAUUCACCAUGACGUCAAUGAACUGCUUAGCCUGCUGCGUGUCCACGGAGGAGACGGGGCUGAGGUCUACAUUGACCUACUUCAAAAGAACAGGACCCCGUACGUCACUACCACUGUCUCUGCUCACAGUGCCAAGGUUAAAAUUGCAGAGUUUUCUCGUACUCCAGAAGACUUUCUAAAGAAAUAUGAUGAACUGAAAUCUAAAAAUACGAGGAACCUUGACCCGCUGGUGUACCUGUUGUCAAAGCUCACGGAAGACAAAGAGACUCUGCUGUACUUACAACAGAAUGCAAAAGAAAGAGCUGAGCUCGCAGCCGCUGCUGCAGGCAGCAGUACCACCAGCGUCAACGUCCCUGCUGCAGCCUCCAAGAUCUCCAUGCAGGAGCUUGAGGAGCUGAGGAAGCAGCUUGGCAGUGUGGCCACAGGCUCCACGCUACAGCAGUCUCUGGAACUUAAAAGAAAGAUGCUUCGAGACAAGCAGAACAAAAAAAAUUCGGGCCAGCACCUCCCUGUCUUCCCAGCGUGGGUGUAUGAGAGACCUGCCCUGAUCGGGGAUUUCCUGAUUGGUGCUGGCAUCAGCACAGACACCGCUUUGCCGAUAGUUCUUUUGAGAUGGAAUCUCACUCUGUCGCCCAGGCUGGAGAGCAGUGUCGCGAUCUCGGCUCACUGCAACCUCCACCUCCCAGGCACGCUGCCCCUGGCCUCGCAGGAGUCGGCCGUGGUGGAGGACCUGCUGUACGUACUGGUGGGCGUGGACGGGAGGUACGUCACUGCUCAGCCCCUGGCUGGGAGGCAGAGCCGGACCUUCCUCGUGGACCCCAACCUGGACCUGUCCAUCAGGGAGCUGGUGAACAGGAUCCUCCCGGUGGCUGCCAGCUACUCCACCGUGACCAGGUUCAUUGAAGAGAAGUCUUCCUUCGAGUACGGGCAGGUGAACCACGCCCUGGCGGCCGCCAUGCGCACUCUGGUGAAGGAGCACCUGAUCCUGGUGUCACAGCUGGAGCAGCUGCACAGGCAGGGCCUCCUUUCGUUGCAGAAGCUCUGGUUCUACAUCCAGCCGGCCAUGCGCACCAUGGACAUCCUGGCCUCCCUCGCCACCUCGGUGGACAAAGGCGAGUGUCUUGGGGGGUCCACACUGAGCCUGCUCCAUGACAGGAGCUUCAGCUACACAGGGGACAGCCAGGCGCAGGAACUCUGCCUGUACCUGACCAAGGCGGCCAGCGCUCCCUACUUUGAGGUUCUGGAGAAGUGGAUCUACAGGGGCAUCAUCCACGACCCGUACAGUGAGUUUAUGGUCGAGGAGCAUGAGCUGCGGAAGGAGAGGAUCCAGGAGGAUUACAAUGACAAGUACUGGGACCAGCGGUACACCAUCGUCCAGCAGCAGAUCCCUUCCUUCCUGCAGAAGGUGGCGGACAAGAUCCUCAGCACAGGAAAAUAUCUAAAUGUGGUCAGAGAGUGUGGCCAUGACGUCACCUGCCCGGUGGCUAAAGAGAUCAUCUACACGUUAAAAGAGCGGGCAUACGUGGAGCAGAUCGAGAAGGCAUUUAACUAUGCCAGCAAGGUGCUGCUGGACUUCCUGAUGGAGGAGAAGGAACUGGUGGCACACCUCAGGUCCAUCAAGCGCUACUUCCUCAUGGACCAGGGCGACUUCUUCGUGCACUUCAUGGACCUGGCGGAGGAGGAGCUCCGGAAGCCGGUGGAGGACAUCACGCCCCCCCGCCUGGAGGCGCUGCUGGAGCUGGCCCUGCGCAUGAGCACGGCCAACACUGACCCCUACAAGGACGACCUCAAGAUCGACCUGAUGCCCCAUGACCUCAUCACUCAGCUCUUGCGUGUUCUGGCCAUCGAGACCAAGCAGGAGAAGGCGAUGGCCCACGCCGACCCCACAGAGCUGACGCUGAGCGGCCUGGAGGCCUUCUCUUUCGACUACAUCGUCAAGUGGCCCCUUUCACUCAUCAUCAACAGGAAGGCCCUCACUCGCUACCAGAUGCUCUUCAGGCACAUGUUCUACUGCAAGCACGUGGAGCGGCAGCUCUGCAGCGUCUGGAUCAGCAACAAAACCGCCAAGCAGCACUCGCUGCACUCCGCCCAGUGGUUUGCCGGGGCUUUCACUUUGCGGCAGCGAAUGCUCAACUUCGUCCAGAAUAUUCAGUACUACAUGAUGUUCGAAGUGAUGGAACCGACCUGGCAUAUCCUGGAGAAAAACCUGAAAUCUGCCUCCAACAUCGAUGACGUCCUUGGCCACCACACGGGCUUCCUGGACACCUGCCUGAAGGACUGCAUGCUCACCAACCCCGAGCUGCUGAAGGUUUUUUCCAAGCUCAUGUCUGUGUGCGUCAUGUUCACCAACUGCAUGCAGAAAUUUACACAGAGCAUGAAAUUGGACAGCGAGCUGGGCGGGCAGAUGCUGGAGCAAGGCACCGUCCCGGGGCUGCCCACAGGGGCCGAGGAGCGGGCCCGGAAGGAGCUCACCAGGAAGCACCUGGCCGAGCACGCGGACGCUGCGCAGCUGGUGUCUGGCUUCGAGGCCACCAUCAACAAGUUUGACAAGAACUUCUCAGCCCACCUGCUGGACCUCCUGGCUCGGCUAAGCAUCUACAGCACCAGUGACUGUGAGCACGGCAUGGCCAGCGUCAUCUCCAGGCUUGACUUCAACGGCUUCUACACGGAGCGCCUGGAGCGCCUGUCUGCAGAGAGGAGCCAGAAGGCUGCUCCCCAAGUGCCUGUCCCGCGAGGGCCCCCCGCUCCUGUACCCAGGGUCGCAGUCACCGCACAGUGAGCCUUGGCUGCAACAGGAAGGAAGGGUGUGGGGUCAGCAGCAGCUGGUGCAAAUGGGUCCAGAAUUUUCAAAUCAAAAUGCUCUGUGUUCUCUGUCUUUGCAGUUUAAAUAUAAAGCAGGCAUGAUUGACUUACCUCA